AAAACUUAAGACUGGUCCCUUUUUUUAUUUAAUAUGUAUUAUUGAUUCCGACAGUUUUUUUUUCAUAUAUUAUAUCCGUUGCAGAUGUACUAUUGACGACGGUUGCAUUAAAUAUGUUAUAGGUUUCCGCGUUGAAAAUUCGAUCCACGUGCCUUCGGCGAAAAGCUAAGGGCGUCGUCUGCAAGCAAAUGGUGAGGAUGGUUUACAACGAUCGAAACCUUGUCCGGCCGAGAAAAAGCGGCGGCUGGACAUCCGAGCCCAUCAAACCCAAGAAGGAAAUGGUGUUCAGGAUUGAGGAACGACACAGUUUUCCUACGCGGGUUCUUGAGAAUACGGAUGCAACCGGGGCGGCAAACUCAUCUGAAACCGGCAGCAGUACUUCGGUUAUGAAGUCGACGAUGAAAGAGUUGGAGCAAUAUUGCGAAAAAACAACGCUGCAUGGUUUGAGAUACGUGGGAGAUUCUACUUUGUCAAUAGGGGAAAGAAUAUUUUGGUUCAUUUCGUUCUCACUCGCGAUCGGUUUUGCCGCCUAUUACAUCACGAAUAUUUACGAAAAAUGGCGAUCGAGUCCGGUCAUAAUCAGUUUUAGCCCUUUCGAUGCUGAUUUGACCUCCAUUCCAUUUCCUGCGAUCACUAUCUGCAAUAUGAACCAAGCAAAGAACUCCGAAGCCGAGAGAAUAUUGAGGGAAGGAAGCAAUAUCGAAAAGAAAUUGCUGGACGACAGUUGCAACGGUAACGCUACUUUUAAUGACAACGAACACAUCAGUUGGGAGGAUUUAAGAAACUUCUUGGUCAGAGUGGGCAAUUCCUGCUCCGAUAUGUUGAAGUUUUGCCAAUGGGGCAGCCAGAAACUGGACUGCGAGAUGGCCUUUAAUAACGAUCUUACUGACGAAGGAUUGUGUUGUUCCUUUAACAGGCUGCCUCCGGAGAAAAUAUUUAGAAACUGGAAGGACAUUGGCAUAUUAAAUCAGACCUAUCCGAGCAACGUUUAUGACUGGAAUCCAGAAUCUGGAUUUCAGCAUGCCACUGAAGACGAAAACAUAGUUCCGAAGCGACCUUUAGGUGCCGGCGCUCACUUGGGCCUUUCCGUCAUUUUGGAUGCUCAGAUAGACAACUACUAUUGUUCGUCGACAAGCAGCACAGGAUUUAAGGUGAUUCUGUCGAAUCCGAUCGAGACUCCGAAAAUGGCGGACUUUGGUUUCCUUGUCAGUCCGGGCUUCGAGACGCGCAUAUCCAUUGAACCUUCUGUGAGAGAAGCCACUGAUUCCUUGAGGGGGGUGGCCAUUGAAAAAAGGCAGUGCUACUUUUCCAAUGAAAGGCCCUUACAGUAUUAUAGGUCCUACACUCAGAGAAACUGUAAUUUGGAGUGCCAAUCCAAUCACACCUUAAAGCACUGUUCAUGCGUUCCCUAUUAUUUACCGAAAAACAAGUUCAUCAAAUACUGCGGCAAAACGGAAAAGGAAUGUGUGGACCAAGCCAAAGAAGAUAUGGAAGUUGUCUAUGGGAAUGGGUCCAGCUGUCAUUGUCUACCAGGGUGCUUCUUCCUCAGAUUCUCAAAUUCGAAAUCGUUCGCCAAACUGUCGGACAUGGGCCUUCGGGCCGAGGUCGGCAGUUACUCUAAGGAAUAUUUCAUGGAUAACGUAGCUGUGGUGCAGUUUUUCUUUUUUAAAUCGCAGUUCACCAAAGAAGUGAAAAGCGAACUUUUCGGAUUUACCGAAAUUUUAUCAAAUGUAGGCGGACUUUUAAGUCUGUGCUUGGGUUUUAGCUUCCUUAGUCUGAUAGAGCUAUUAUAUUUCGUAACAUUGCGGCUUGCAUGUGAGUUAGCCAAAAAACGGAGAACAAACCAGAAACGACUUCAUCACAAAGGUUCUCCGAUUUAUCCGUUUAUGAAAUAAUAGUUAUUUUUUUGGUAGCCAGUUGUCGACUCUAACUAUGAAAUUUCCAAAGAACAUUUCGUUAAGUAAAAUUCCUAGCUAACAACGCCAUUUAUGUAUAUCCAAAGAGAACUCCACAAAUUUGAGAUUUUCAUCCAUUUUUAAUAUUUGCUUUUGACUAAGUGUUUCAAAACAAAUGGGUAAAAUUUAAGGGAGCAAUGUUUAAAAUAAAGGGUAGUUUGUUACAUAAAUUUUUGAUCAAAAUCCAACCAUUAAAAACCAUUGAACGAAACAAUUAAAACGAAAAUAUAUAGAGCAAUAAAAUAUUACGGAACUAUUACUAUU